AUGGGGAUAUUAAAAUUCAUCAGGGCAGUAAGCCUGGCAUGCCUCAUGCUUAACAGGACGGUGCUGGGCGGCAAGGGCGACAACAACCUAACCGAUGGCCAAUUUCGUGUGCUGCAGCUCAUCAACCCCCAGGUGCCCAAGCAACCGGCCAUAAACACCGACUUCCCCGAUCCUGCAAUCAUCCAGGACAAGGACAAGAAAUGGUACGCUUUUGCAACAAGCGGCAACAACAAAAACAUACAAGUGGCCACAGCCAUAGACCCGUUGGGCAACUGGACGAUGCUCGGCAAGGAGCCACUACCUCGCGCCGGCAACUGGACCACGGGCGGGAAGAACACCUGGGCACCGGAUGUCAGGAUAGUCGGCAAUGGAACGUAUGUAAUGUACUACUCUGGCGAGCUGGCCAAGGACUCGAGGUUCCACUGCCUGGGCGCAGCGACUAGCAUGUCGAUACUGGGGCCAUACAAGCCGCUGGACGAGCCGUUGGCCUGUCACCUCGACAGCGGCGGCGUCAUUGACCCGUCAGGGUUUCUCGAUACGGAGACGGGGAAACGGUACGUCGUCUACAAGAUCGACGGCAACUCAAUAGGACACGGCGGCGAGUGCAACAACGCCGUAAAGCCGCUGGUGGCGACGCCCAUCAUGCUGCAGGAGGUCGGGGCCGAUGGUGUCACCAAGAUCGGUGAUCCGGUCAAGAUACUGGACCGCGAGGACCGUGACGGCCCGCUGGUCGAGGCGCCGAACCUGGUUCGGGCGAAAGACGGGUCGUACGCCCUCCUCUUCAGCAGCCACUGCUUCAGCACGACGUUGUACAACGUCAAUUACGCCAUAGCGACCGACGUCAAGGGUCCGUACAAGAGGCCGGCGUCGCCGCUGGUGCAGACGGGCGACUUCAACCUGACGUCGCCGGGAGGGGCGACCGCGUCGGCAGAGGCUAGCGUGGUGGCAUUUCAUGCGAGGUGUCCAAAGGGGAGGUGUAUGUUUGUCGGCGAGUUUGGGGUUAUAGGAAAAGACGUUAUUAUCAAUGGACAAGGUUGA